AUGGACAAACCGGCAAUCACCGCAAUCUGCAAGAAAUGCAAAAAGAACCCGGGCGCGAUUGUCGUCCGGUACGAAAACCUGUGCAAUGAGUGUUUUACCCGCUAUGUACAGCGCAAGUUUCUGCGACAUAUGGCGAAAUAUCGGGAAGCGUUGCCGGCGGAUGAGGGGAGGAAGUUCAUGGUGUGCUUUAGUGGCGGUGUUGGGAGUACUGGGCUGCUAGAUAUGGUCAGCACAUUCUACAAUGUCAUGGAGAGGAAUGAGAAGAGUCCGCGAGCUGUGGACGGUAUCCUUGUCGUUCACGUGGACGAGUCCGAACUCGGCGAGGAGUCUAUCGACGACACCAUCCUGAAGGGAGCAGGGCAACGCUACCAAGGAUUUCAAGCCGUGAGAAUACCCCUCUCCCACGUCUUCGAUCUCCUCCCAUCCUCAACAACCUACACCUGGGACCCCGCAAGCCAAUCCCUCCGAAUCUCCCCAUCCCACCCAUCAUCACCACCACCCCCAACAGAACGCUUAAACGCACUCAUCUCCUCCCUCCCCUCCCCAAGUUCACGCUCCGACCUCCGCGCCUACCUCCGCACCAAACUGAUCAACAACCUCGCCCUACGAGAAAACUGUUCUGCCAUCCUAUACGGCGAUUCCGGGACACGGUCUGCUGCCAAAAUUCUGGGGUUGACGGCGAGUGGGAGGGGACACACUGUGCCGUAUGAGAUUGGAGAUGCGGUAUCGAGCACGAGCACGAGCACACAGGCGAUGAUGGAGGGGAAGGGGGAAGGGGAGGAGAGGGUGGCAGUGGAUGUUGUGAGACCGUUGAAGGAUUUGAUGCAACAGGAACUCGAGUCAUACCUCGCUCUCCACGAAUUGACGUAUGUAAAGUCUGAGAUCCCGGAGCUCAGUAAUGUGAAGAAUUACACCAUCGACCAACUCAUGACACGAUAUUUCCGUGGGCUCGAAUCUACGUUUCCGUCGAUCGUUGCAACCGUGGGACGGACGGCUGAAAAAUUAGGAAGGGCGGUGGAGAGUAAAGGUGAAGCUGGACGGUGUAGGAUCUGCGGGAUGCCAGCGGAGAAGGACGUUAAGGAGUGGAUCGAGCGGUUAACCGUGAACGAACCUGCGCCGCUUGAGGAAAUCGAAAACAACUUUGCUCGGGCGCAAAUUGGAGAUGCGCCAGCAAACGAUGCUGCGGUGGCAGAUGAGAAAGAUGAGACUGAUGUGACGAGCGAGGUUUGCUAUGGAUGUUUGGCGGCUACGAGACAUGCUAAGGCGCCGUUACCUUGGCCUGUGGAGAGUGUGCAGGGGAGGAGGAAUGAUACGCAGAGUGUGCUGGACAAGUAUCUUAUAAAUUAG